AGUACAGGAGGAAGACCAGCCUAUAACAUUACGAAGGAGUUGAUAGAGCAGCUACGUGAGACUGGAAUGAACUGGCGAAGCAUAGCAACGUGUUUAGGAGUCUCUGAGCAAACACUUUACCGACGAAGGGUACAAUUCGGAAUCGAUAACAGUUUCACAGAAAUCGCUGACGAGGAAUUAGACAGGCAAAUACAACAAACCCUAAAUUUAACACCAUAUAGUGGGGAAUCCUAUGUUAGAGGCAGUCUGAAAGGGAGGGGAAUAAAUGUUCAAAGGUCCAGAAUCAGAGAAAGUUUGAAACGGAUAGAUGGUAUUGGGAGAGCUGUGAGGAGAACGUACGCAAUCUGUCGAAGGACCUACAACGUGUCUGGUCCAAAUCAUUUGUGGCACAUUGACUCGAACCAUAAACUUAUUUCAUGGAGAUUUAUUAUCCAUGGGUGCAUUGAUGGAUACAGUAGAGCCAUUGUUUAUCUAAAGUGCUGCAGAAAUAACAAAGCAAAUACCGUUCUCCAAUAUUUUGAGCAGGGAGUACAAGCGUUUGGUCUCCCUUCCAGGGUUCGAGGUGAUCAGGGGAUGGAAAACGUUGAUGUAGCAAGAUACAUGAUUACCAACAGGGGGUCAGAUAGAGGCAGUGUUAUUGCUGGCCGCAGUGUGCAUAACCAACGCAUUGAGAGGUUGUGGGCAGAAGUUAACAGAGUUAGCUCCGCACUUUACAAGGAUUUAUUCCAGUUCCUUGAGAACACUGGUACCUUGGAUUCACUUGAUGAACUGCACUUGUUGGCUUUGCAAUAUGUAUACUUACCGAGGAUCAAUGCAUCUCCAGAAGAAUUCACAAGGCAAUGGAAUCAUCAUGGGAUCAGGACAGCAGGUCAUCAAUCACCUUUGGCACUGUGGUACAGUGCAAUGCUUACUGCUCCAGAUGAAUCCAGCGUCAUAAAUUGGCAGACAUAUGGUAUUGACAAUGAUGGCACUAUCUCUGACAUUGAAACCAACAAUAAUGUUGUUGUGUCAGAAUCACACCUCCAGCUUUCUGAACAGCAACGUCAGGAAUUCGAGCGUAAUGUGGAUCCCAUUUCUGAUGAUGGAAACAAUGGCCUUGAUCAUUUUGUUAAUACUGUGAGGAUUAUCGAAAGCUUCACUUCUUGA